AGUCUGUGUCUCGUCCUCACUUUCAGAAAGGAUUUGCCACAAUAGAGAGCCUAAAACCAAUUCAGCUUCUAUGGACUUUCAUGCCAUACUGAUCAUUUUGGUUUUUGCUGAUUUGCACAAAUUGGCUCUGUAACUGAGCACUUUUUCAUUUUGUAAUGUAGGCGGAGGCUUAAAAAAAUGUAACCAGGUCAAACCGGGUUCAUGUAAUGUAAGAACUAAUAUCAGUGUUUUCGGGGAGUUAAUAAAAAUAUUACCAUCAUGGGUCAGCGCCUGAGCGAAGAUAGUGACCAAGACAAGGAGAUUGAUGUGGCGGAGCUGCAGGAAUGGUACAAAAAAUUUGUUGUGGAAUGCCCAAGUGGAACUCUGUUCAUGCAUGAGUUCAAGAGUUUUUUUGGUGUUACUCAUAACAAGGAGGCUGCAGAUUAUAUUGAAAACAUGUUUCGAGCGUUUGACAAAAAUGGAGACAACACCAUUGAUUUCUUGGAGUAUGUGGCAGCUUUGAACUUAGUCCUUCGGGGAAAAUUGGAGCAUAAACUAAAAUGGACAUUCAAAAUGUAUGAUAAAGAUGGAAGCGGGUGCAUCGACAAAACAGAGCUUCUCGAAAUUGUGGAGUCUAUUUAUCGGCUGAAGAAAGCCUGCCAUGGAGAGCUGGAUGAAGAAUGUAAUCUGCUGACCCCAGACCAAGUGGUUGACCGGAUAUUUGAGCUGGUUGAUGAAAAUGGGGACGGGGAGCUCUCACUGGAUGAGUUCAUCGAUGGAGCAAGGAGGGACAAGUGGGUGAUGAAAAUGCUGCAGAUGGAUGUCAACCCUGGAGACUGGCUCAGUGAACGACGACGCAGUGCGGACUUCUAGGCUGGAACACAGACUGUAAAUCUGUCAUACACAAUCCUCAUGUGUGACUUUUGAUAUUGUGAUUUUUGUGACUACUGCAGUUUGUAUGUACAGUACCAGUCAAAAGUUUGGACACACCUUCUCAUUCAAUGUUUUUAUUUUCUUCUUUUUUUUCCUACAUUGUAAAUGAAUACUGAGGUCAUCCAGACUAUAAAGGAACACAUGAGGAAUCAUGUAGGAAACUUAAAAGUGUUUAACAAACCAAAACAUGUUUUAGAUUUUAGAUUCUUCAAAGUCGGCACCUUUUGCUUUGAUUACAGCUUUGCACGCUCUUGGCAGUCUCUCAAUCAGCUUCAUGACAUAAUCACUGAAAUGCUUUACCAAAAGUCUUUAAGGAGUUCCCAGAGGUGCUGAGCACUUUUGGCUGCUCUGCCUUCACUCUGUGCUCCAACUCAUCCCAAACCAACUCAACUGGGUUUAGACCAGGUGAAGGCCAGGUCAUCUGAUACAACACUCCAUCACCCUCUUUCUUGCUCAAAUAGCCCUUACAUGGCCUUGAGGUGUGUUUGGGGUCAUUGUCGUGUUGAAAAACAAAUGAUGGUCCCACUAAGCGCACA